CACAAGUUGGGUUGGGUACGUAGGAAGAGAAGUAUUUGCUCAUCACAUGGCGGCUGCUUCAUGCAUGAUCCAGGAGCCUUUAUCCCUGUUCCCCAACCCGCCGCCACCAUGGAAAUACGAUGUCUUCUUGAGUUUUAGUGGGGUCGACACUGGAAAGAAAUUUACCAGUCAUCUGUUAGCGGCUCUGGAGCGAAAUGGUUUUCAAGUAUUCAGAGACGACAGGGAGCUCCAAAAAGGAGGAGAAGUUGGGUGGGGAGUGAAUAAAGCAAUUGAGGAAUCGAGAAUAUCUCUCCCUGUAUUGUCAAAAAGCUAUGCCAUGUCGGGUUGGUGUCUUGACGAACUCCAGAAGAUCAUGGAAUGUAAGAAGAAGUCCCAACAUAUUGUCUUACCAAUCUUUUACGAGACAAAGCCGUCUGAUGUACGAAAUCAGGCAGGGAACGUCGCAGAAGCACUGGCCAACCACCAUACUGUGUCCAGCUCUAGGAUGGAGAAAUGGAAAGUAGCACUCACUGAGGUUGCCAAUUUGUCCAGUUUCGUCUUGCCAAAUCUGGAUGAUGGCAGGGAUGAGGCAAGCUUUAUUGAGCAUAUUGUUGAAGGGGUUGAAAGAAAAUUAAAUUCAACCAUAUGGAAUUUACAGCUUGUGAGCCACCCAGUCGGAGUGCUACCUCGUUUGCAAAAGCUUCUCAAGCUAUUGUCCUUGGAGUCAUCAGACGGUAUUUGCAUUGUUGCAAUAUGGGGAAUUGGCGGCCUAGGCAAGACUACAAUUGCCAAAGCUGCCUAUAAUUGCAUUUAUCGCCAGUUUGAAGGCAGUAGCUUUGUUCCAGAGAUCAGAGAAACUUCCAAGCGACCAAACGGUUUGAACCUUUUACAAAAAUAUAUUUUGUCUGAUAUCUUGAGGAAUGAAAAUUGUGACAUACGUAGCUGUGAUGAAGGAAUUGAAUUCAUAAAAAGAAGAGUACUUCGUGGACGAAAACUUCUACUUGUUUUAGACGAUGUGGAUCAAAUUCAACAAUUAAAAGCACUAGCUAUCGAUCCAAAAUUCCUUCAUCGUGGGAGUAGAAUCAUUAUAACUACUAGAGAUAUUUCAUCUUUAAACUCACUUAGAUCUAUGUGUGAAGUAUAUAUGCCCGAGCAAUUGAAUAAACAUGAGUCACUUCAAUUGUUCAGUUGGCAUGCAUUCAAGGAAGAUCAUCCCUUAGAAAACUAUAUGGAGAUUUCAAAUGAAGUAGUGAAAUAUGCCGGAGGCAUUCCAUUGGCUCUUGAAGUUCUAGGUUCCUUUUUGUUAGGCAAAACCAAAUCAGAAUGGAGAAGUGCAAUGGCAAAAUUAAAAAAGAUUCCUCAUAAUGAUGUUAUAGGCAAACUCAAGAUAAGUUUCGAUUCACUUAAUGAAGAGGAGAAGGAUUUGUUCUUGGAUAUAGCAUGUUUCUUUGUUGGCAUCGAUAGAAACUUCACUGUCCAGGUAUUGCAAGGUUGUAACCUUUUCCCAGAAAUUGGGAUUCGAUGCUUAUCAGAUCGUUGCCUCAUAAAAUAUGAAUUGGGGUAUGAGUUUGGAUAUGAGUCUCGGUACAUGCAUUUGAUAGUAAUGCAUGAUAUGCUCAGGGACAUGGGCCGAGAGAUUGUUCGGCAAGAGUCUGUUAAAGAGCCAGGUAAGCGCAGUAGAUUGUGGGAUCAGGAGGAUGCCCUUCAAAUGUUGAUAGAUAACGAGGGGAGUGAAGCAAUUGAAGGUCUCAUCCUAUUCUCGUCUGAGACAAAGGAUUUCAAAGUAAAUGCAAAAGCAUUUCCAAAGAUGAACAGACUCAGAGUGCUUCAUCUCAAUCAUGUUCACCUCAGUGCAGGUUAUGAGCAUUUAUCGAGAAGGCUAGUAUGGCUACGCUGGCAUGGUUUUAACUUGAAGUUUGUGCCUUCACAAUUAUAUAUGGAGAAUUUGAUUGCUCUUGACUUGAGUUACAGUAUGAUAAAACAAGUUUGGAAGGGAACUAAGAUUUUGGGUAAACUAAAAUUUCUUUAUCUCAGUCAUUGCUAUUACCUAACCAAAACUCCUGACUUGUCCGGGCUCUCCAAUCUUGAGGAACUUCUUCUUGACAACUGCAUAAGAUUGUUAGAGGUUGAUAACUCUAUUAGAUAUCUCCACAAACUUCUUGUUCUAAACCUCAAGAGCUGUAAAAUGCUUAGAAAGCUUCCUUCAGGAUCUUGGAUGCUGAAUGCCAAAAUACUCAAUCUCUCUGGCUGUUCCAAGCUAGAAACUUUUACCCAAUUGCAAGGAGCAAGGUCAAAUCUUGAAUCAAUGUCCUCUUCGCUAUCAUCUUGUUCAUUGCGGACGAAGAAGUUGGAUUCUUUAUCACUAAACUCUCUGCAAGGCUUGAGUUGCUUAAAGCUAUUGCGCAUGGAAAACUGUAAUUUGUCACAUAUACCCACUGAAAUUGGGAGAUUGAUGCAGUUGGAAUGUUUGGAUCUUGUAGGGAACAGUUUUUGUAGUCUGCCAGAAAGCAUGAGUAGCCUCACUAACUUAGUGCAUCUCAAUUUGAGUUAUUGUGCAAGCCUCCAAUCCCUCCCAAAGCUUUCACCAAGUUUACAGAUUGUGGAAGUGCAGAACUGCUCAUCCUUAGAAAGCAUAUCACUUGAUUCAGACUGGCAGCACACGGACAUGUUCUUUUACAAUUGUCCUAAGUUAGCCAUCAAGCAUUCUGCUGAUGAACUUGGAAGAAGCUUGCUCCUAUGCAUGGGAUCAGGCGCACUUUGUAUUUCUCUUUCAGGAGACAAGUUUCUCAACUGGUUACAGUAUCAGACUACAGGGUCACGUAUAUCUUUCGUGGUGCCGCCUCUUGUAAAUCAGAACUUAGCUGGCUGGCUAUUUUGUGCAGUCUACACAAUUGGAGAAUACUGUUGGCGAAUUUGGUGCGAAAUCCACAAUAAAACUAAAGGCAUUCGCCUUGACUAUGGACGAAACUAUAGUGUCAAGUUAUUCGGAGAAGAUCACUUUGGUGACCCCAUCCACACUGCCAUCGGCUAUUUUUCAUUUUGUCGGAAAAACGGGGAGAUGGAGAUAGAAGGAGGCGAUGAAGUGGAGGUUUUCUUCCUAUUUGACAAUGUAUUGGUCAAGAAAUGGGGGAUACAUCUUAUUUAGACGGACAAUAUUCAAUGUAAUAUUGAUAUUAUCUCCUUGUUGUAGUAUUAAUAUGAUAUCAUAAUUCAUUAAAUGUAUUGUCGGUCUCUCGUCACUUGUGUCUUCGAUUUUGACAAAAAAGAUAAAUUUCAAGUAGAG